UCCCGUAACAACCUGUAUCUUGUUGCCCUCCUCCUCCGCCAACUCACGGAUUUCUUCUUCUCUCCUCCUCCUCCGCGAGGCGAAUUCUCCUCCUCGUCGCCACCGCCUCCUCCUCCUCCUCCUUCCCACCCACGCUUCUCCCGCGGAUCUCCUCCUAGAAGCUUCCACGGCUCGCGAUUCGAGCCCCGUGCCGUUCUCCGCCGCCACCGGCGUCGGCUGAUGCUGCGGUGAUUGGCGGGGAAUGCUCUACCUCAAGCUUCCGGCACGGGAUUUAGGGUUCCGGCCGGCGGCGGCGGCGGCGGCUGUGACGGAGGGGCGGUGAUACGGUCUCCGCGGUGGUGGCGGAGGGGGGGGAUUGGGGCGGUUGAUUUGAGCGGGUGAUCCGCCCGGAUCACCCCCGUCCAUGGCUGCUGCGGUGGCGGUGGAGCAGGAGGCCGCCUGCCUGCAGAGCUUCGAGCUCUACGAGAGCAAGUCGAGGUUUUAUAUUUUUGGAACUAACACUGGCAAAACACAUUGGAGAUUACUGAAGAUUAAUAGAUCGGAGCCAUCGGACCUUGACUUACAUGAGUGUUGUACUGUGUAUACUCAAAGUGAAUAUCAUGAACUGUUAAAAAAUCUUGAUGAAGACCACAGGUUGACUGGUGGUGUAAAGUUUGUUACAAAAUUUUAUGGCAUAAUCGGUUUCAUAAAGUUUGUUGGACCAUUUUACAUGUUAAUUAUUACCGAGCAGCGAAAAAUUGGGGAGAUAUUUGAUCAUCCAGUAUACCAGGUGAUUAAGACUUCGAUGGUCGAGUUAGCGAAUUCUAAGACGCGAUCCAGAUUUCUAAAUUCCAAGGAUGAGAACAGGUACAAGAAGAUACUGAAUACACUUGAUCUUAGAAAGGACUUCUUUUUCAGUUACUCAUACCAUAUCAUGAGAAGCCUUCAAAAGAACUUGAGUGAUCCACAGGAAGGCUGGAACAUAUAUGAGUCAACUUUUGUGUGGAAUGAAUUUCUCACACAAGGGAUACGUAAUUUUCUUGGAAGUACUUUGUGGACCGUUGCGUUGGUCUAUGGAUUUUUUAAGCAGGAUAAAAUUUCAAUAUCCGGGAAGGACAUCAUGUUCACGCUCAUUGCUAGACGCUCAAGGCAUUUUGCUGGAACCAGAUAUUUAAAGAGGGGGGUGAAUGAGAAAGGCAGAGUAGCAAAUGAUGUUGAGACUGAGCAAAUUGUUUAUGGAGCUGGACCUAGGCCUACAGAAGUAAGUUCUGUUGUGCAGAACAGGGGUUCAAUCCCGCUAUUUUGGUCACAGGAGACAUCAAAGAUGAACAUUAAACCUGAUAUUAUAUUGCAUCAGAAGGGCGAGAAUUAUGAAGCUACUAGGCUGCAUUUUGAGAAUCUUAGGAGAAGAUAUGGAGAUCCUAUCAUUAUUUUAAACUUGAUUAAGAAACGUGAGAGGCGAGAGUCAAUACUUCGUCGUGAAUUUGAUAGGGCGAUAAGGAUAAUAAACAAGAACAUACCAGAGGAAAAUCAUUUGAGGUUCUUGCAUUGGGAUCUUCAUGAAAACUCUCGAGGAAAACCUACAAAUGUGCUUGAUGUUCUUUUGAAAGUGGCGUUCCGUGCUCUGAGGUUGACUGAGUUCUUCUAUUGUCAACUUGCACCAUCUACCGGAUCUGAUACUGCUCAUCAUUGGCCUUCCCUAUUGAGUGGUCUUGAUCCAUUUUUAUGUGAAGAAAACAGCAAUAGCGACAACACAGACUGUACGGAAAUUGUUGGUGACAUAUCCCAAGAAGACAUCUCUGGCAGCUCUGAUUCCUCUUGCAAUGGAACUACAGAGGAUAAAGCUGAAAACAACGAAUCACCUCCACUAAAACCACCAAAAUUCCAAAAGGGUGUCUUACGGACGAACUGUAUAGACUGCUUGGAUCGAACAAAUGUUGCCCAGUAUGCCUAUGGUUUAGCUGCUCUUGGACAUCAGUUGCAUGUGCUUGGUUCUGUAGAAUCCCCAGAACUUGGUUUAGAUGACCCCUUGGCUCAUCAUUUGAUGCACUUUUAUGAGAGGAUGGGUGACACCCUUGCGGUGCAAUACAGUGGUUCGGCUGCUCAUAACAAGAUAUUCUCUGCAAAGAGAGGUCAUCUGAAGCUUUUUAUUCGAUCACAAGAGUUCUUCAGAACACUACAACGGCACUACAGCAAUACCUGUAUCGAUGCUAACAAGCAAGCAGCCAUAAACUUAUUUCUUGGCUACUUCCAACCACAGGAAGGAAAACCUGCACUCUGGGAGCUAGAGUCAUCUUCAGUGGAUCAUAUCGCUGUGCACGCACGUACAAUAAAAAGAGUGAGAUCAGAUGGCAGCAUUCUUUAUGGAAGCAACACAUCCAUAUCUGGAUGUAGUGGUUGCCAUAAUGAAGACAAGGAGCUGUUGAAUGCAGCACCGCUUGAUGUUAAAAGUGGGUCACAAUUUCCAGUGUUGGAAUCUGAUUCAGUACAUGGCAAUGAAAUUUCAUUGACCUGUGAAAGUGAGGUAUCAAACUUAAGGUAUACACCUAUGAUACCUCAGACACAUCAUGUUCCAGGCGGCGUUGAAACUGAAAGUAGCAUUCAUUCUGGUGAUUCAAACUUUCUGGAUCUUGAAUGGCUUUCAACUUCAGGCAACUCAAGCGAUGAAAGGUCCAUUGCAAUUAGUACUCCAGAUGUGAACCUUUCAGCGGAGAAUGUUAUAAGUGGCAUAAAUUCUGAGACCAUGGAAAAUCAAGAUGCUGAUAUCUAUACUCAGAAUUUACCUGAGCAUUUCGUGCAGUGGGUUAACCACGGAGACACCUUUUGGUAUUAAAAUUACCCGAUGCUUGUGUCAUGUACGCGGUACGCGUUGGCUACUUUGAAGGCCAAAACUUGUCUUUUCCAAGUGGUCAUGAGACGGGAAUUGGUGAUUUGAGUAGGGAAUUAGGAGUGAGAAGAGAUAGAUGGCACAGCAAACUUCAGACAUUCGCCUUGUGAUAUAUGUCCACAUCAUCCCAUAGCCCUCUUAGGAAAGUAUAACAUUCUGGUUAUUUGUUCCCAUCUUUCUUGUAGGAGCAAGUAGAUAGGCGUUUUUCUCAAUUUUUGAAAAGAAAGUAGAGGUAGAUUCAUAUGGAUAUAUAAUUUUUGUUCUUUCGAAAAAUGUACCAUUGUGGGAACAUUCCGUUUGAUAUGUAAAUAUUAUUUUAUGCUUGGCGUGU